AUGGCGGAGAGCGAAGAUGAAAUAUGUGAUGACUUUUACGAAAGUUUGACACAGGAAUCCCUUGUUGAAACGCCUCAGAAGAAGCGUGACUUCGCUGAAAUCGGUGAAGACGAUGUAAGCAAUAAGCCAACUUCAAGUAAAAAGCAGAAGGCUGAAAAAUCUGGAGGGAAAUCUCUUGCGAAGUCGAAAAAGUGGACUGACAAAGAAAUAGACAAGCUUCUGGAAAUGCUUGAAGAUCGGGUUUGCUUGUGGGAUGUAUCGUCCAAAGAGUAUCAUUUAAGAGAUAAAAGGGCAAAAGCUUAUAAAGAAAUGGAAGAAAAGUUGGGAGUGAGCGCUGCUGAAAUUAAAUCUAAAAUUGUCGGAUUACGAGCUCAACUUGGAAGAGAAAUGGUGAAAGUAAGGGCAAGGAAAUCGGGAAUGGCUUUGUCUGAAGUGUAUGAAUCAAACUGGAUAUACUGGGACAGACUUCAGUUCCUUACAAAGGUCAUGGAAGCACGCAAGAGUAAAGACAACUUAGUUGACCAAGGAGACAAGCAUGGAAACUCACCUGGUUCUGUCGAAACCUCAGUCACCGCUGAUGCCAACAGCUUUCCUGUGCCAAGCCAAGGGCAAAAUAGCAACAAAACCCCAAAUUAUUAUUCGCGAAAAUCGAAAAAGAAUGACCUCGAAAUGAAAAGGCAGGAAUUAUUGUCGACUUGCAUUAAUGUUCUGAAAGAACCAGCACCCAGCCAACAAGCAGCUCCAAUCCAAUGUCCAUUUUCCCUAUAUGUGGCUGAAAAACUUUCCCAGUUUGACCGAAUGACAAGGAUGGUAGCUGAGAAAAGAAUCAGUGAUGUGUUAUUUGAGCUUGAAAUGAAAGAGAACUCUUUCCAACCAUUUGGUCAAUACCAUCUUCAACCGAGACCAGCUGACCCAACUGAUUCAGUAGGUAAUAUGUCCUCACCUUACAUAAAUCAUAUGCUUCAGAACACAAACUACAGAUGA